AUGCCCACGCCCAAAGCAGAGAUUUCUGCAUCCAGCAGCAUACACGAUCUAGCCCGUUCUCUAUCUUCAGCUGCUUUCUAUGCCUCCGACUACCCUAUCAGAACCACUCCUCUCGUCAUCACAUUCUGGAAUGCGCAUGGCGACAAAGCCGAGUUGGAGAAGCUUGGAUUCGAAUUCGAUAACCUUAUCUGGAGGUCUUUCGACAUUCAACCAAUGACGAAGUACAUGCGGCCAUAUGGCAAGGUGGCGAGCAAAGGUUAUAACGGUCAGUACAAACUGGUCGAGGCAUCCGAAGAGUUUGGUCUUUCUAUGACCUCUCAGAUGGAGCUGCUUACAUGCUAUUCAAACGGUGAGCAGCGUACGGAUCGUCAUCCUGUACAACAUUGCGCUGUGGAAGACGCGGUCAGCACCCUGAUACUCACCGGGUUGCUCAUGGAAGACCUAGCGAAGCUGCAUUUACUAUCAAGUAUCCAGACUGGCAAUCCACCGGAGACAGUCUGGCCCCCAGAUGGACUUAACGUCAGACUGAUCUCCAUCGACACCGAGAGUUGUUGUCUACCUGGAGACAUGGAUCGGCCUCGAGGCUACAAGUACCCCACGUUCAUGUCAGAGUUGGGUAUUGCUUUCAUUGACACCAACACAAUUCGUGCACACCCUGCCGGAUGGCAAGAUUACAUUACUACUGCUCACGCAAUUAUCGCAGAGCACUGGGACCACCAUCCCCAUCGGCGAUGUCAGGAGAACAUGGGAAUCGACGACAGGUUACCAUUCUAUCCACGAUUCAACGCCUGCUCUGGACCCUCUGGCUCGUCUCAGGAACUAAGGACAUUUACGAUAAAUGGCGAGUGUUUCACGGCGUGUAUGUCACCAGAUACUGAGAUCAUCUCGCGGGAUAGCUGCUUGCAGUGGCUGUUGGGAAAGAUCCAUCAAGCGGUUCCACAAUCGACGGCGCAGUGA